GUUCACUUGGUGGCAGAUUUACUUUUAUAUUAUUGGCUUUUCGUACUUCGUAUUAGUAUUUUUGGAUUAAUUAUCUCUCCUUUUUUGAAGAUAUCACCGUUCAUUACUAUUCAUUACAUUGCAUAUGAUGUUUAAGCGUGAGAAGUGAAAGAAAGGGGCACAUUUCGAAGAGAGCAUUAUUAUCUUUGUUCAUGUUUAUUGUUGUUGUCGGGGAGACUUGACUUUACUUCUUACUCUUUUAUAAAUGUACACGACUCAUUGGGAGAAACAUUCAUUUUUGGGAGAUUCAUUGUGUGCGGUUGGUUUCGAGAGUGAGAAGCUGGGGUCUGAAUUGCGCCUGUGUUUGAGGCAUUUGGAGACAGCAAAGGUUUCCAAAGGAAGUUCGAUUUGAUUUGACUCGACAAUAUAUCAUAGACAACAGCGCCAAACCUCAAACGGGAAAAUUUCCCCAAAUAUGGGGCUGACUACAGCUUCAGUCGGGGCAGCAGUUGCUCCAGUGGCUUUUCAAACAUUCAUCACUCAUGUAUUUAUCCCACCUCGUCUUUCAUACUUGCCAAUCUUCUGACUAAUUGUCUCGCAGUUCUUCAAACGUGGACCUCGCAAAGAGAAACCUACUGCUCAUAUCUCCUACGAUGAAGGUCUUCACUUAAUUCGCAAAUUCCUUAUCUAUGCCUCUAAUCAUACAGUCGAAGAUAUUCAACGAUUUACCUCCCAAUGGGUACCUCAUCCCCCUUUCGUGAAGGUGGACGAAGUUCUCAUUUCCGACCAAAAUUUAACAGAAGCGCGCACACUUUUGACGUUACACUUCUCCAAUUAUGGAGGGAUUCAAAGAGUAGGAGGAAAAGAUUGGUGGGCAUGGAGACAGCCAGGGAGUGAACUUAAGGCUGAAUGGAUAGAGAUGAGGGUGGAUCACCAGGAGAGGAUUAAAAAUGGAGGAGAAAGUAAAAGAAUUAUGUUAUAUGUUCAUGGAGGAGCAUACUUUUUUGGGAGUACAGAUGAGCAUAGGUAUCAAAUGCAAAGACAUGCAAGGAAAUUGAAGGCAAGAGUUUUUGCGCCUCGGUAUCGUUUGGCGCCCCAAUUCCCAUUUCCAUGCGGCCUGCUCGAUUGCAUAGCGGCAUAUCUCUUUCUCCUUGAAGAUCAUGACCCCACAAGUAUUGUUUUCGCAGGAGAUUCGGCUGGUGGUGGAAUGAUUUUGAGCAUGCUCGUGAUUCUGCGCGAUUUAAAGAAACCCCUACCUGCUGGUGCAAUUCUCAUUUCACCCUGGGUUGAUUUAACUCAUUCUUUUCCGAGUGUCGCUGGAGACAAUCCUUUGGAUUAUAUCCCACCACAUGGAUUUCAUCACCGACCAUCUACUGCCUGGCCACCUCCAAAUUCUGAUGAUUUGCUGGCUAUAGAGCGGGGGAAAAAUGAUUUGACUGGGAAUAAAAGCGACAUGACGCAGUCUGAAGUAGAUGCUGCUCAAGGAUUGAGAGUGGAUAAACAUCCACCACCAGGGACACAUAAUAACACAUCUGCUGCUGGACCUUCAUCUGAUAAUGAUUCAGGGCCACAAGCAAAUACAGUGCCUGGAUUUGGUGGUGACCUUUCAAUUAUGAUUGAUGGAGAGCUAGUUGUGAUAAAGGAUCAAAUCCAAAUGUAUGCGACAAACCAAUUAAUAUCUCAUCCUGUGGUUUCUCCUGCCCUCCAGCCGUCACUUGGUGGUCUUCCACCACUUCUAGUCCUCACAGGCGGCGGCGAGAUGCUACGAGAUGAACAGAUAUACGUCGCACACAAAGCUGCAAAUCCAACUCAGUACCCUCCUGGAAAUGUGUUUCUCGAUUCAUAUGCUGUACGUGAAGAUCCUCGGGCCGAAGUCGAGGCAUGGAAACCAACAGACGUACAAUUACAAGUUUGGGAUGAUCUAUGUCACGUUCCACCAACAUUAAGUUUCACUCGUCCAGCUAAAUAUAUGUAUCGCUCCAUAGCACAAUUUGGAGCUUGGGCUUUAGCUAAGGCUCAGCAGACUGAAAUUGAAAUUUUAGAUGAUGAUGAUGUUUCGGUUAUCUCAAGAUCUUCAGAGUCGGGUGAGGAUGCUCAAAAGGUAUUUUUGGAUAUGAGUCUGUUCAUGGUAAACCAGUCGGGCUAAUGAAACUUAGCAAACUCCCACUGAACCCAAAGAACAAAUAGGGAAAGCGGGCGAUCCUCUUCCUCCCUUUAAAGAUCACAUGAUACGUCAGCGUGUCGAUCGCCACGGCAACAUAUUCCCCCUCGCCCCAGCAUCCGAACUCGCGGCUUGUAAUAUGUCACCUGAUGAAAUUGGUGUUAUCAAACCUGGACCGGUAAAGAAAUGGAUGGCUACGAAGACUACUUGGGACACAAAAUUUGCCAAGGAUAAGCGGAGGGUGCAGGUAAAGAGGGCAAAGGAAAGGGAAAGGGGAUAUAAAAAAUAUGGACCGUCAGGUGAAGAGCCACCUCCUAGUGCACUAGUCGGGCGUAGAUUGGCUGGUGUUGAUGUGAAGGAAGAGAAGGGUGGCAAGGCGAAGAAGAGUUGGGGAAUGUCGAUGUGGAGUGGCUGGGGUAGUAAGCAUGAUAAACUUACCAUUGAUCGCGAAGCAGAAGCGGAAAAAGUGGGUAGAAAUGUCGAGACUACGACUGCCAGUGCGGAACAUGGUGCAGGAGCCAGGAAUCUACAUGACACGGAGACGACUAGCACUGAAGAGAAUACGCAACUCGGGAAUGUUAAGAACGAGACUGGGGCUAGUGAGCCGGGUGGGACGCGGACGGGUAAUGGGAAAGAAAGGGCGGUUGAGGAAAAUGAUGAGGAUACGAUGGCGGAAUAUUCUGCUAUGCAAAAGAAAAUGAGGGAUGAGGAGCAUUAUUUGAUUGCGAAGAAAAAUGCCAAGGUUAUAGAUGUCGAUCAUUCCUCCGCGUUAGGAUCAUCUUCCCACGAAAUAAAUGAAGGGGGAAUGCAAUCAAAUAUACCAGAAAUAAUAAAAGAUAGUCCGCUAAUUGGAAGGGAUAAUAAUGAGGGUGUUGAGAGAUAUGGUAGCAAUGGAGAGGAAUUGAGAAGACCCACGGCACAAGGUAUAGCUUUUCCCUUUGCCAUGCGCAUGGGUGGUGAGGGUGUAGAUGGCCUUAUGAAAGGUGGUGUCAGGGAGAGAAACGCACGUAAUGGGAAAGUGGGGAGAGACGCCAACGCCAGUACAGAAUCACUACUUAGUGACCGAAGCGGAGCACCCGAUGGCUACGAAUACCAGUAUAAUGAUGAAAUAGAAGCGUAUGUAUUGGUGAAGAUUGGAGAGGAUAAUGAAGAGAGGAAUGAAGGAGAGAAAUGGGAAUGGAAAUGGACAUGGACAUUUGAGUGUAGGAGAUAAUUUCGCAGCUUAUAAUUCGUCGGUGGAAAGUGUGGAGGAGAGAUUAGAUGGGAUGGAUGGAAUGGAUCCAGGGG